AUGGCGCUAGAUCCGCGCUUCUACCACCACAUCGGCCAGACCGGGCCUGGCUCGAUAUCGUCUGCCACUUCAUCCGAUUCCUCUGCCCUCACAGGCAUCACGUCGCCAAGCGUGAUCUCGACAUCCGCCUCCGCCGCCACCCUACGAUCAACCGCCUCCAGUCCCUCCCUUCGCGCCCGAGAAGGUGUAUCUCUCAUCGGCCGCCAAGAUGUCAUGUCCCCGGCAGCAGGAGGAGGAAAUGUGCGCGUCGUCGUGCGCGUGCGGAAGUUUCUCCCCAGAGAGAUACAACGCCAGGCAGAAUGCCUCAUCUCGAUGGACCCUCACACGCAAAUGACUCGCUUAUCAGCACCGAAACCCAGCCCAGACGACCUCGGAAAACCGAAAUCGCAAGCGCGGGGCAAGAUCCUCGAGGACAAGUCGUUUACAUUCGAUAAUUCAUUCUGGUCGCAUGACGAAGAAGACGAUCAUUUCGCUCAACAGGAAGACGUUUACAACUGUUUGGGCGAGGAGUUUCUAGAUCACAACUUUGAAGGAUACCACACAUGUAUCUUUGCAUAUGGUCAGACAGGUUCCGGCAAAAGUUACACUAUGAUGGGUACACCCGAACAGCCAGGAUUGAUUCCCCGUACCUGCGAAGAUUUGUUCCAGCGCAUUGAAGACUCGCCAUCCCCCGAUAUCAGUUACAACGUCCGCGUGUCAUAUUUUGAGGUCUACAAUGAGCAUGUACGGGAUCUCUUGGUGCCUCGGACAGACCCACCACAUUAUCUCCGUAUUCGAGAAUCGCCAUCGGAGGGCCCAUAUGUUAAAGACCUGACGGAAGUGACCGCAAGGAACUACACGGAGUUAAUGAAGUUCAUGCGCAAGGGCGACAUGUCGCGUACCACGGCCAGCACUAAAAUGAAUGAUACAUCAUCUCGAUCACAUGCGGUUUUUACUAUUACACUCAAACAGAUUCACCAUGACCUUUCAACAGACGAAACAACUGAGCGUACUGCGCGAAUUCGACUGGUCGACCUUGCAGGUUCUGAGCGUGCCAAAGCGACUGAAGCAACAGGCCAACGACUCCGCGAAGGUUCCAAUAUUAAUAAGUCGCUCACAACGCUUGGUCGGGUCAUUGCGGCUCUAGCAGACCCAAAGAAGACCCGCGGGGGGAGGAAGGGCAAAGAGCUAGUCCCUUACCGUGACUCUAUUCUGACCUGGCUGCUGAAGGACAGUCUGGGAGGAAACUCGAAAACAGCCAUGAUUGCAUGCAUUGCUCCUGCCGAUUACGAAGAAACGCUUUCCACAUUACGAUAUGCCGACCAGGCCAAACACAUUCGAACUCGGGCCCGAGUGAACCAAGAUCAUGUCUCUGCCGCAGAACGUGACGCGCAAAUCGCCGAAAUGGCCGAAACAAUUCGGACUCUGCAGCUGAGUGUGAGCCAAGCGACAGAGAACCAGCGCGCUACUCAAAUGCAGGACGAGAAGCUUGAUGAGUACCAACAAAAGGUUGAGAAGAUGCAGCGCCUGAUGGAAGAGACUAAGAUGGUCAGCGAUUGCAAGAUUCGCCAGCUCCAGACCGAGAACGAGGCCUUACGCAUGCACCUGAAGCUUGCCCUUGAGAGCCUCAAAAAUCCCAUUCCCCCCAUCCCUUUGGCACAGCAAAAACCUAGCCUGGCUUCAUUAACAGAGGAAAACCAACCACCUCAAGAUGAACCAGUAUCUCGUGAAGGUUCCCCUGUUAUUCCAUCCGACUCCGAGCCCGAAGUCUGGGAAGAUGAGGAUGACGAUGAGACGGUGACUUGGGAUGACGACGAUGGUGAAGCACACCUGAUGCAGUCCCGCAUGGAAGAUCUCCUUGGUGAUUUGAGUGUUUUUAAACGCAAGCUGGCUUCGGAUCAUGAACGUUGGCAGCGACGUGAUCAGUCGAUGACUCCCAAACGACGCGCCUUGGGUGCUAUUGCGCCGAACAAUCGCUAG